AUUCAGCAUGUAACUACAACCUUUACAUUACAUGUGUUAACUGCAGUUACAGGGUGUUAUUGUUGGUGGUGCUUGGCGUCCAUUUUUGUUUUCAAGAUGUCAGCGUGCUCCUCUCAUCCCCCCCGAACCCUUAAAAAUUAGUUUGCGGUUGAAAUAACAAAGUUUGUCAGAAAGAAACUGCAAACAUCUUCAAUCAUGGAGGACAUUAGCACUGUGAUGUCCUGCUUCUCCAGCCCUGUGUACAGCCGCUACUGGCAGCACUACCAGCAGGCCAUGGCCUGGAACCAGAGACACCAGCGAGCCUACAGAAAGGCCUUGGAGGCUGCAUACGGCCACGCUCACAUCCGGGAGCAGCGUCCCAGCAGCCAGCCGCAGCGCUACGCAGACUGGAACGCAGGGGAGGGUGACGAGGAGAGCAGCUCGGACGGUGAGAUCGAGUGUGACGUCAGCAACAUGGAGAUCAGCGAGGAGCUUCGGCAGUACUUCGCCCAGACAGAGAAACACAAAGAGGAGCUGAAGAAGCAACAGCUGAUUGAGGCCGAGCAGCACGACAGCUACGUGCCGGCCGACCAGGACCUGCGCGGAAGCUCCUGGCGAAGCAGCAUGGCUCCUCCCUCUGAGCGACCCGGCGAGAGACGCGGGGCUGAGAUGAAGAAGCUAUACGGCAAGGACGCGGCCAAGAUUCAGGCCAUGGAGGCGGCAAUGCAGCUCAACUUCGACAGACACUGUGACCUCAAACAGCCCAAGUACUGGCCCGUUAUCCCACUGAAACUGUGACGGCUGUAAACGGUUUGAUUUUGGAGAAAAUCCCUUCUCUGAUCUCUCGGUGAGACGCCGGCUUUGGCGUGUAAUGGAUUGAGGCUGCUGAUGUAGAACUAAUAGUGCGGGUUAUCUGAGGGUUACAAGUUAUUUUAAGCACAAAAAAGUUGCAAAAAUUAGCUGGGCUUCUGCUUAGCCGGACGUGAACGUCACAGACCCGUCAGCUGAUGCUCUUAAUGAAAACAUAGGAUUUUGAGGCGACACAACAUGUUGUUUUUUGUGGCUUUCCACCGUUGUUUUUGCUAGAUUUCAGGACACAAACUGAGAAAAUGGAGUCAGCUAAGGUUGAGAUGUACAGUAAAACCGCUCCUGUCGGUAUAUUCAAACAUGUUCCUGUGUGUUUCCUCCUUCUCUGUUUCUGUUCACCCUCUGGUUUGGUGACGCUGCAGUAGCUCCUCUUAUGCCUGUCAACUUAGUUUAACCACAAAAACAUUUUCAACCCCCUUCCUCUGUUCAAAUUUAGAAGCGUUCCCGCAUGACUGCGUCUGAUAUUUCACUUUUCGAUAUGCACUAAGAGUGAUUUGUUGUGGUUGCUUCUAAACUGUGCCUCCUUUCAUUCUGACAUUUCAAAGCUCAAAGUUCAAAGCCGUUCGUGUGGUUUCUCAGGAGGGACGUCGACUAGUCUCUUUUAUCUUGUGCUUGCAACAACCAGCAACCUUUUUUUCUUUUUUUGACUGAAGGAUCUGUGUUUUCAUAUAACGUGUUUAUAAUAAAGUGUUUUCUGUGUGAUGAAA